AUGGAUUCAAAUCCGCCUACCCCGAAAAGCUCACGCGUGUGUCUCUCUAAAUUAGCUGACGCGUUAGCGUAUGCUGAUUCUGAAGCUGGGCGUGCGGCUUCAUCUUCUGCACCAUCACCUGAUCAAGCUCCACAUAUUGAGUAUUUACCAGAAAGAGCAGAGAAGUCUUUAAAACAACCAUCGCCUCUAUCUGCUGCAUCUGUCGAGAUAUUGCCAGAUCGGACAUCUACUGGAAUGUCAUCACGACAUGCGGCUUUCGGAGAUCUGUCAUCACGACGGGUAGCUUCUGCGGAUCUGUCAUCACGAUGGACAGCUUCUGCAGAUGUUUCAUCGCGACGGGCAGCUUCUGCAGAUGUUUCAUCGCGACGGGCAGCUUCUGCGGAUCUGUUGGGACGGACACCUGUGUUGUCAGGACAGGCAGCUUCUCUUUAUCUGUCAUCAAGAAGAGCAGCAUCUGUAAGACGUUCACCGGCACGAGAUGCAACCCUUGAAAUGUCACCUCGAGGAACAACAUCUCUCUACUUGUCACCAGGACGCGAUGACACACUUGAAAUGUCACCUUUAAGAUCAACAUCUUAUUACCUGUCACCAAGACGAGAUGCAACCUUUGACAUGUCACCCGUAAGGUCAACAUCUCUCCAUCUGUCACCAGGACGAGAUGCAACUUGUAAUAUGUCACCCGAAAGAUCAUCUCUCUACAUGUCAGCAGGUCAAGAUGCAACCUUUGCAAAUGCAAUGUCACCUGGAAGAUCAACAUAUCUUCACCUGCCAUCAGGACAAAAUGCAAUCCGUCAUAUGUCACCGGGAAGAUCUUUAUCGCUCUACCUGUCACCGGAACAAGAUUCAACUCGCGAUAUGUCACCUGGAGGAUCAUCAUCUCUCCACCUGUCAACAGGGCGAGAUGCAAUCCUUCAUAUAUCAUCGGGAAGAUCAUCAUCUCUCCACAUGUCAUCGGGACGAGAUGUUCAAGAGUCACCGGGACAAGAUUCCUCGUUUUACCUGACAUCAGGACAAUCAGAAUCCAUUGACAAGACACUAAGAAGAUCAACAUUACUUGAUUUGUCACCAGGACGAACUGCAUCUCUUCAUCAGUCACCUGGACAAGCAAAAACUUUUGACAUUUCAAGAGUACAAACAGAGUCACCUGGCAUAUCACCUGGCAGAUCCACAUCUCUCAAUCUGUCAUCAGAGCGAGCUACAUCCAUUGAAGUAUCACCAGGGAAAGCAGAAUCUGAAAUCUUGACCAGGCAGACAGCAUUUAACAAGACUGAAGAUCACGAGAGAGGUCUUUCUGUUGCUUCCUCGGCUGCCCAGAUACAAAUGUCAGUAAUACAGAGAUUGGAUCUGCUGACAGAGAUGACCAAUGCCAUAGGUAGUCCAGAACCAACAUCGAAUGAUGUCACCUUUCGAGUCCAGGCUUCUCCUGUGUCAUUUGGACCCAUGCCAUUGCCUCCUAUAGGGGGUUCUGUUCGGGAAAAUAGAUCUCAUGCAGACAUGAGGAAAUCAGAAAUGGAAAGACGGAAAGAUGAGAAGGAAAACGAUUUGCAACAAAUUAAGUCCAUUUUAUCUUUUCAAAUGAAAGCAUUUGCAGAGAGAAAUGUAACAGGCAACGACUUCAGAAUUUUAGCCAAACUUCGAAAUGAGGGCUCCUUGUCUGAAAGUACACCAUUGGUCCAGAAAGACAAUAAUAACACUGCCCAUAGUAAGAUUAAGCCAAAACAUGUUCUGGUACCUCCAAAAGCUUCUAAGGCACCAAGUCAACCAAAGAGGCAAGUAAUAGUUCGCGAAACUAAAGCCUCUAACUUAAGAAAACAGAUACAAAACGAGCAACCAGUAGUAACUAAGAAGGUGUUGCCAACAGUGAAGGCUCCGACAAACCCUCCAACAAGAGCAAUUGUGUUGCCGCCAGUGAACGCUCCGACAAACCCUCCAGCGAGAGCAAUUGUGUUGCCGCCAGUGAACACUCCGACAAACCCUCCAGCAAGAGCAAUUGUGUUGCCGCCAGUGAACGCUCCGACAAACCCUCCAGCAAGAGCAAUUGUGUUGCCGCCAGUGAACGCUCCGACAAACCCUCCAGCAAGAGCAAUUGUGGUCCCUCCACAGAGGUCUUUUUCUCCUCAAUACAGUUCACGAACUUCUUCUGAAUCGCCUCCACUAACGCCAAAAGAAGAUGAGCCACCACGUCCAGAUUUUGUGCCGAGGCUUGACCUUUCUUUUGUCCUUUCACCGGAAGAUUAUCCGACCGGGAACCCCAUUCCACCACCAGUGUUUGCCGUCCGUGAAACUAAAGCCUCAAAGCUCCGGCGUCAAAAGAAAAUGGAGGAAGAAGAAAGGAAAGCCAAUUCUCAAGGGAAGCGCGUGAAGUCAAGAGACGUCGCAAGUGAAGAAUCACUAGUGACCGUACAGAGAUCACGGACACCAACCAAAACAUUCAAAGCAUCUCUUGCCAAAGUAUGCAAAAAGCAAGUACCAGUGGUUGUAAAAGAAACGAAAGCUUCAAAAUUGCGUAAGCUCCCCGAGAUAAAGAAAGCCAAUAGGAAAUAA